AUGGUGGAUGUGGCUGAUUUGCUGCGGACACCAACCAGGCUAGUAUCACCAACUUGCUCAAAACAGCGAUUUAACACCAUAUGGGAGAUAGAUGCAAGCCUGGAAGAAAUCUUGCUAAAAAGCACUUCAUCGUCCUCCAUCAAGCGGAAAAAAACAAGAAAUUUCUUCUGUGUUUCUCCCGCCAAUGUGCGUGUGACAUAUUCGAUAGAUUGUACGCCAAACACCCCAGUGAUAGUCGAGAAGUCUAAACGAGACUAUCCAUUUUUAAGCUCGCCCCUUUUUGAGAAAAGCAACGACAUCAAAGAAAGGAUCCUUUGCUCAUCUCCAAUUCGAAGAUCCGAUGAAAGAAUAUCCAAAAGGCCAACAUCGAGAAGAAACCCAAAUCCCAUAAGGAUCGGAUCAAAAUCGGAUCUUUUUGUAGAAAAUGCCAAGCAUAGUAAACGAAAUAGAAAAGGAGCUUCCGUUCACGAAAACAUUGAGCCAUCAAAAAUUAAAAUCAGACACAAAGACCAGGCGAUUGCCCAAGUUUAUCUAUCCAUUUCAAGCGAGUGGUGCGAUGAUAUUUCCUCUUUUUUUCACGUCUGCCUACGUACACUACUGAAGGAAGCAAAAAUCGCCUAUAAAGUUGUCCCCGGCGCAUCUAUAUCUCCUUUCAAAGCGGUUUUAUAUCGCGAAUUAGACAAAUAUUCUAAAGUUGAAAGAUCUUCUAUUUGGAUCGACCCCUCCUGUCAAAAAUGCAGGGAAGGAAACGAGAGCUCAUUGAUGGAUGCAGGAGCUUCAUUUUUGUUUGUGACGUCGGAGGAAUUUUGCGAGAUGAGCACACCCGGACUUAUGGGUGCGAUUGAUCGGCAUGAUUUGUGCGUUAUUCAUCGCCGAAUAACUCUCGUUCUUCUCCCUAAGGACCAACAAAAGAAAAAAGCCAAUUUGGUCGUGUUUCCUGAUCCGAGCUACUGCAAGCAUAGCGAACAAAUUCAAAGAAAGAUUUUAGAGAUGCAGCUGACAAAUAUUUGUCAGAUUUUGGAUUGGAAAUCAGGCUCCAUUUCUUCAUUGGGAGCAAUGAUCAUCGAACUUGUGAGGACAGUUGCAUUUGAGCCAUUCCGCAUAAAGUCGCUUGGAGAAGCACUAAGCAGUACCGGAAGGAAGGGGCGAGAACAAAAGGAAAUCUUCAGGAAAAUGCUGCUUCUUAUUAAUGGCGUGUCAGAGGCAGUUGCAAUUGCGAUAGUUGGAAGAUGGGCAUCCCUCGGAACUCUUAUUCGUUACCUACGGGAACGAGAAAAAAAUGAAGGCUUGCUAGCAGCAUCUUUGGCUUUAGCAGAGAUAGAUGUACAAAGGCCCAAGUCAAUCAAGAACAUUGGAAGCACGCUUUCGCAGCGCAUAUUUGGUGUAUUGAUGGGUUUGGAUCCAGAGGUAAAAUUCUCGUAA